UUCGAAAUACAACGUAUUCCGCAAUCUCCGUAUUACCAAUACUAUUUCAAAAUAACAAUUUAUCAUUAGUUUAUUAAAGCAAGGUACUUGUGACGUCAUCUAACAUCCAUAUGUGAAACUCGCAGACGACGAAGUGAAAUUGGUUUUCUUAGGAUGUUAACGUGAUCAAAGCUUUUACAGCAAUUAUUUUCUUUGGAUUUUGUUAAUUUAGCUAGCAGCAAUUCGAUCAUGGCAACAGAGUCUAAUCAGGACAGUUGCCGGUACGCGGCCACCCCGGGGGAGGAAGGGGGAGAUGACACGAAGAAGGAGAAGAAGAAGAAGGCUGACAUGGACGAGCUCAAACAGGAGCUGACCAUGGACGAGCACAAGAUCCCAAUCACUGAGCUCUAUAGCAGACUAAACACGGACCCGAACUCGGGUCUGUCGCCCGACUUUGCUAAGCAGGUUUGGGACAGAGAUGGACCCAACGAGCUGACGCCCCCAAAGACGACCCCAGAAUGGCUCAAGUUCUGCAAGCAGCUGUUUGGUGGUUUCGCCUUGUUGCUGUGGCUUGGAGCCAUCCUGUGUUUCAUUGCCUACAGUAUCCAGGCUUCUGCCAUGGAUCAUGUCCCUGGUGAUAACUUGUAUCUUGGCGUUGUGCUGACAGCCGUGGUGGUUGUGACAGGCUGUUUCUCCUACUACCAGGAAGCCAAAUCCUCCAGAAUCAUGGACUCAUUCAAGAACAUGGUCCCUCAGUACGGUUUAGUAAUCCGUAGUGGUCAGAAGAAAGACGUUAAGGUAUCCGAAAUGGUUGUCGGGGAUAUUGUGGAAGUGAAGUUUGGGGACAGACUUCCGGCCGAUAUCAGAGUGAUUUCCUCCCAUGGAUUUAAGGUUGACAACUCGUCAUUGACGGGAGAAUCGGAGCCUCAGUCGAGAAGUGCAGAAUUCACCAGCGAGAAUCCCCUGGAAACCAGAAACCUCGCAUUCUUCUCAACCAAUGCAGUCGAGGGUACUUGCCGUGGUGUUGUCAUCCGGACUGGUGACCGUACUGUUGUGGGCAGAAUUGCCAACCUGGCCUCUGGACUUGAAGUCGGUGACACGCCUAUUGCCAAGGAAAUUGCCCAUUUUAUCAACCUGAUUACCGGCGUCGCUGUCUUUCUUGGUUUGACGUUUUUCCUCAUUGCUAUUAUUCUCGGUUACCAUUGGCUCGACGCUGUUAUUUUCCUCAUUGGCAUCAUUGUUGCCAAUGUACCCGAGGGCCUACUGGCAACAGUAACGGUGUGUCUGACACUGACCGCUAAGCGAAUGGCAAAGAAGAACUGCCUGGUGAAGAACUUGGAAGCUGUGGAGACACUGGGUUCUACCUCGACCAUCUGCUCCGACAAGACCGGCACACUCACACAGAACAGAAUGACUGUCGCCCACAUGUGGUUUGAUGGCCGAAUAUUGGAGGCGGAUACUAGCGAUGAUCAAACAAAUUGCACCUACAGUCGGUCUGACCUCUCCUGGGUCGCACUUUCCCGCUGCGCCAUGUUGUGUAACAGGGCGGAGUUCAAAUCCGGAGAAGAGGAAGUCCCUGUCCUUAAAAGAGAAUGCAAUGGAGACGCAUCAGAGUCCGCCUUGCUGAAAUGUGUUGAGCUUUCCAUUGGUCACGUGACUGAUUACAGAAAGAGGAACAGAAAGAUUUGCGAGAUACCAUUCAACUCGUCUAACAAGUUUCAGGUGUCCGUCCACGAGACUGAGGAUCCAAACGACCCUCGCUGUAUCCUGGUAAUGAAGGGGGCUCCCGAGAGGAUCCUGGACAGGUGCUCCACUUACAUUAUGGACGGACAGGAACGUCCAAUGGACGGGCUAUUCAAGAACGCCUUUAACACCGCUUAUAUGGAGCUAGGUGGCCUAGGGGAGAGAGUUCUUGGUUUCUGUGACUACAUACUGCCGAUUGAGGAGUACCCUCCUGGAUACAAAUACGACUCGGACGAUCCCAACUUCCCCCUGACCGGCCUACGCUUCAUUGGUCUCAUGUCAAUGAUCGACCCGCCGAGAGCCGCUGUACCUGACGCCGUCGGAAAAUGCAGAAGCGCCGGUAUCAAAGUUAUAAUGGUGACCGGGGAUCAUCCUAUCACAGCUAAGGCUAUAGCCAAAGGUGUCGGCAUCAUCUCUGAGGGGAGUUACACCAUCGAUGACAUUGCGGAGCAAAGAGGAAUUCCUGUAGCAGAAAUCGAUUCAUGUGAAGCUAAAGCUUGCGUAGUACAUGGAAGCGAUCUUAAAAAUAUGACGCCAUUUCAAAUAGACGAGAUUUUGAACAAUCAUGCAGAGAUUGUAUUUGCCCGCACUUCACCGCAGCAAAAGUUAAUCAUCGUAGAGGGGUGCCAAAGGCAGGGACAGAUUGUGGCUGUUACUGGCGAUGGUGUCAACGACUCUCCUGCUCUCAAGAAAGCUGACAUCGGUGUUGCUAUGGGUAUUGCUGGUAGUGACGUGAGCAAACAGGCCGCUGACAUGAUCUUGCUUGACGACAACUUUGCCUCCAUUGUUACUGGUGUAGAGGAGGGCCGUCUUAUCUUUGACAAUUUGAAGAAGUCCAUUGCCUACACCCUGACCUCCAACAUUCCAGAAAUCUCACCAUUCUUGCUCUUCAUUCUUAUGGACAUUCCACUGCCCCUGGGAACUAUCACCAUUCUCUGUAUCGACCUGGGAACUGAUAUGUUACCAGCUAUCUCUCUAGCUUACGAACACGCUGAAAACGACAUCAUGAAGCGUAUGCCCCGUGACCCACUCCACGACAAGCUUGUAAAUGAAAGAUUGAUCAGUAUGGCGUACGGACAGAUCGGUAUGAUCCAGGCCUCCGCUGGUUUCUUCACAUACUUUGUAAUCAUGGGAGAGAGCGGGUUCUGGGCCUCCAAGCUGCUGGGUCUCCGUGAACAGUGGGACUCGCGUGGUGUCAACGAUGUGCAGGACUCUUACGGACAAGAAUGGACCUAUGCACAGAGAAAGAGACUUGAAUACACAUGUCACUCAGCAUUUUUUGUGGCCAUUGUUGUUGUGCAGUGGGCGGACUUGAUCAUUUGCAAAACACGAAAGUUGUCUCUUUUCCAGCAGGGAAUGAAAAAUCACCAUUUGACAUUUGGUCUGUUCUUUGAGACUGCACUGGCUGCUUUUCUGACAUAUUGCCCAGGUCUGGAGAAGGGAUUACGAAUGCAGAACCUAAGAGCCGAGUGGUGGUUUCCAGCUAUCCCGUUCAGUCUGACAAUAUUUGUUUACGAUGAAUGUAGGAAGCUGAUUUUACGCCGAAUGCCAGGCGGAUGGGUGGAGAGGGAGACAUAUUAUUGAUGAACAAACUCAAUGUAAAUCACACGUCAACGGUGAACGUUUGUUUAAUGUUGUCUUCGCAACUAGGAUAAAUGUUUUCGCCUUCUCUUAGCUGAUUAGUCUCGAUUUGUGACACAGACGUCGAUGAAAAGGCCUCGAAGCCUUCAGCGUCAUACUUGACAGUCUAGUUCUAGUAUUAGUCUUGUUGUUGUUAAUGUUGUUGUUGAUGUUUUUGUUUGACUCUGCGUCGAUAGAAGUGGACCAACGCGUCUUUAAUAAAUGUUUGCAUAUUUUCGAUACUUUGUAGGUUUGUAAAAGUUCGGGCAUCUGAUACAUUCGCAACAACUCCCGUACAUGAAAAAAAAUUGUAUUGUGAGAUUUUAAUUGAAGUUUAACUUUUGCGCAUCAAUAACUUGUUAGAAUGGUGACAUUUUGCUAAAAGGACACAUUUGUCUGCACUCACGAGGACUUCCCAAUACGUUAAUGAAGCUACUCGGUGCUCUAACGCAGUGUGUGGUUAUUAGGAUGUUAUACAGUAUUGAUCGUUCUGAGGGUAAAGUUUUUAUUAUUAUCGGCAAUAACAUUAGUGUUAUUUGAUUAACCCCAAGGGCCAGUGCAAAAUAUACAAUUUAAAAAUUAUUAAUUGACACACACACGCACACCCCCACACACACACCUCGUCUGAUUAAUGUCAAUAUUCUUGGUAUUUAAACCAUUUAUCAUCCGAUUUCACAUUGUCCAUAGAAUGUUAUGUUAAAUAGACUUAAUUGACUUUAGUGUACUGUAGUGAAUGCAUAUCGAUAAGACUGAGGGCAACUAACACACGUCUGCCAAACGUUCCGAUGUUCAUAUUUGUUAUUACUGGAUGUUUUUAUACUGAAUUGUUGAGUUUAUUUUAGACUGAUUGUUAUACAUAUUUCUGAAGUAUUGCGUCCCUUUCUUUCUUUACGGCUUUUGUAGCGAAAUAAAUUAUAUUUAGAAAAGAAUCAUUGUUUUCGUGC